AUGCUGACCCAUGUUCACUAUGGUGGCUGUGGACUCGGUCUUUACAUCUCGCGAGAACUCGCCGAGAAGCAAGGCGGCGAGAUAGGGGUCGCCUCGCAGAAAGGCGCCGGCGCCACCUUCACGUUCUACAUCAAUACUAAGCGCGCGACUGUUGGUAGCUCGUCUACAAUCAAGGACCAGCCUCCUUCAUUACCCCACCCUCAGCAUCACGAUCCGUCCGACCGUACUACCUUGCUAUCAUCUCUAAGUGGAGAGGAUAGAAGCACCACCCCACUAGGCAAGACAGCAUUAACUACAACCUCGAAUACCACCAUCAACAACACAAAACCCCAGAUCCUCCUCGCAGAAGACAAUCUCGUCAAUCAAAAAUUCCUUGCCCGCGGCCUCAAGCGGCACGGUUACGACGUCCUCGUCGCAAACCAUGGGCUCGAAGCAAUUGAGAUCCUCAAGCGCACUGCAUGCUGGAACCACCAUCGAUCCGCUUCCUCCGACGCCACUGCCACUGCCACUACCACCACCACUACCGCCGUCGCUAAUGACAUGAAUGGCGCCGUUCCACAGCCACUCCUCCCGCGUAUCGAUCUGAUCCUGAUGGACUGGGAGAUGCCCGUUCUAGACGGCCUGACAGCCUCGAAACGAAUUCGAGGAUUCGAGGAGGCGGGACUGCUGACGCAUAGGGUCCCGAUUGUUGCGAUCACGGCAAAUGCACGACAGGAGCAGGUUCAACGGGCGCUGGAUGCGGGAAUGGAUGAUGUGCUGCCGAAGCCGUUCUUGGUCAGUGAGAUGGUGGGGAAGAUUGAGGGCUGGCGGGCGAGAAUUGAGAGUGGGACUGCAAGCAGUGCUGGAACGGCUCGGACAGGGGUCUGA